AUGUCUAUGGUCUCAGUACCAUACCUGGAGACAGACAACUUUAUCACCAGGCUGAGCGUUCUCAUCUGGGGAGUAGUCUCCCUCCUGUUUGAGCUGCUGGCGGGCGCGGGUCUUCCCCUGGGUGACUGGGUUGAUGGCCUCCAGGUGGGAGGGGUUGGGCAGCAUGGUCACAUGGAGGGGGUGGGCAGCACCGAAGUCCAGAUCUACAGAGGAGGUGAGGUGGGAGAGGACAUCCCCGAUGGAGGGAGAGUCUGCUGGGAACUCACUGAGGCCACGCAUCUUACGGAACAUCAGCUGGAGGUGGAGGGACAGAGGAGACAGGAGGUGCACAUCCCAAAUAAAUAUCAAUCAAUCAAUCAAUAUAUGAAUAAAUACAAGUUUAAAGUCCCAGGAGCGAACCCUGAGGAAGGCAAUUGGUGUCAAAACAUUGGUUCAUUCAUAUGGAUUGGGAGUGUGAGACCAUCUUUAUUAGUCAUCCCAGGGUCAUUCAUGGUAGCCAUUACAGCCAAGACCUUUGACCUGGAAGAUGUCUGAACCCUGACCUCUGGUGGGAACUGCAGCAGCCCCGUGAGGAGGUUGAGUCUUCCGCGGUGAGGCAUCCCCAUGACGAUGUCUGUCACCCCGCUGUGGGAAGACAGACGGAACAUCUCGUAAAACACUCCCAUCAUGCUCUCUGCUCCCUCACCGCCAUAACGCUUCACCGUGGAGAACUUUGUGGCCAGAAAGUGAUCGAACUCCUGAGGUAACACAAGAAACAGGUUGUUAUUGUACAAGAGAACGUGUUCUCGAUUACUUCUGGUUAAAUAAAGGCAAAAUACUAAAAUAAAUAAGUCAGCAAGAUCUGUCUCAGUCUUUCUUGGAAAUAGGACAAAAAAAACAAUACCACCUCAUUCUCGCUAAUAAGAUAAUUACUUUAUUAUUCUCAUGGGGAGAUUUGUACUAGAUGCCAAUUACUCUGAUGUUAGAUAAGAUCAUAAUUUUUAUUAGUUAGGCUAUUAAAGCUCAGACUAUAAAUACAGUACGACAACGUCUCUCUAUCAAUCCAUUCCUCCCUCCCUCCAUCCAUCUACCUGUGAUGCCAGCAUUAGUUUGGCCCGUUCUCUCCUCUGUGGAUGUCUCUUUCCAUUUAUCCAUUCCUCCCUCCCUCCAUCCAUCUACCUGUGAUGCCAGCAUUAGCUUGGCCCGUUCUCUCCUCUGUGGAUGUCUCUUUCCAUUUAUCCAUUAUCCCUCCCUCCAUCCAUCUACCUGUGACUCCAGCAUGAGCUUGGCCAGCUUUUUCCUCUCCUCCACAGUAAACAUCUCUUUCUUCAGCUCCUCGAAGCGGUCUGCGAGCCACUCCCUUUCCUCCAGGCUGGUCAGCUGACUGGUCUCUAUGGAAAUGCGGCCACAGUAGGCCCCCUCCAGGUAGGCAAUCACCUCCUCCACCGACGCCUCGGCUUUACCAAAAUGCUGUAGUCCUGGAUGAAAAGGAGUUCAUAUAAGAGUCUCCCUUGAGGCUUUUUCUUUUUAUCAGGUGAACCCUGCCUGAGAAAGAUCUGUUUGGUCGCAAAUGUGUUGCAGUAUGCAGGACAAAUCAUGUGUGUUUGUGUUGUACAUGUGACGCAAUAGAAUUAAGAAUUCCUCAUCUCCAUGUAGGGAUGAAUGUGAUGGAUAUUAUAGACACCCUGAAUAACUCAAAUGUAUUUAUAAAGCCCUUUUUACAUCCCCAGUUUUCAGAAAGUGCUUUUACCCUCUGAAUCAUAUCCACUAUUUAAUGUGUAUUACCUGCAUUUGAGUGGUCUAUUAAUUUGGGAGUGCUUAUGUAAAGGAUAAUCAGCUUGGGGCUCUAUUCGUUCUCUGGAAAACAAUGAACGACGUGGAAGGUGUGUUCCACAACGCGCUAGUGGAGUGGAACUGACCUUCCACGGAGUUGCAUUAUUUUCCAGAGAACGCAUAGAGCCCCAAGCUGAUUAUCCCUUUUAUACCAUGGCUACAAUUUAACUAAUUUACCGCUAGAAAUGAAUUCAUUUGCAGAUAGAAAUGUGUUCAAGAUCCACUGAAGUAGCUAGCAAGUUUACUAGAUAGUAACAGUAGUUGUCUUGGCAACCAAACAUACAGACUUGCUAGUUUAGUUAACCAAACCAUCAGUCUAGCUUGCUAUUACAGAAAUCUAAUUAAACAAUGCCGAUAAUGUUUUCAAUUUGACUUUUGCUUUCAAAAGCAGCUCAAACAUGGAACAAGAAUGAACUAUAGCCAUUGAAUUAUAUCGUGCAAAUAUCCCGUGCGUUACAGGGAAAUAAUGCACUCUCUAGAAUUCCCUUCAAGCCAAUCAGAAAUUAGUAUUCAACAAUGCCAUGGCAUAAACAGUAAUAACUGAGGUGUGAGAUAUUAUUAUUGACUGUCACUGAAAUUGCUUCAUCUCCAGGCGACACCAUCCACUCAGAAUGCGACACCAUCCACUCAGAAUGAGAGCCUGUGUUAAGUUGAUGUAUUGAUGUUAAAUUGACGUGCUGCGAGCAAGUCAACAUACAAAUUAGCAUUAGAAGUUUGGGCCAUUUCCAGGCACACAGGGAUGCGCUUCCCAUUUAAUUGGUCUAACUGUAAUGUAUGGUUGGUUUAGCAAUUCAAAUGUUUGGUGAUGGGUUUAACAUUGGCCUCUCCGUAAGGCUUCCCUCCUAUCUACACUACAGUAGAACUACCUAGUAGUAGCUAGCUAGUAGCCUAGUAGUAGCUAGCUAGUAGCCUAGUAGUAGCUAGCUAGUAGCCUAGUAGUAGCUAGCUAGUAGCCUAGUAGGAGUAUGAAGAUAGUAUUAGUAGACAGAAAACGCUGCUAUGCAUCGUCAAUGUGAAGUGUAUUUACAUUUACAUUUACAUUUUAGUCAUUUAGCAGACGCUCUUAUCCAGAGCGACUUACAGUUAGUGAAUACAUAUAUAUAUUUUUUUUUAUACUGGCCCCCCGUGGGAAUUGAACCCACAACCCUGGCGUUGCAAACGCCAUGCUCUAUCAACUGAGCUACAUCCCUGCCGGCCAUUCCCUCCCCUACCCUGGACGACGCUGGGCCAAUUGUGCGCCGCCCAUGAGUCUCCCGGUCGCGGCCGGCUGCGACAGAGCCUGGAUUCGAACCAGGAUCUCUAGUGGCACAGUUAGACCACUGCGCCACUCAGGAGGAGUAUUUAUUGCUAGAUUGAUUUAAAUCAAUGAAGAGUUCUACCCAUCCCUUUACAAACUCCUUUAAAAUGAAGAAGUCAAUAGACCACAUAGCCAUAGCCUACCUGAUGUGUUGAGGGGUCCUUGUACAGCCCCAGUCAACAUGUUGAUCUCUGGCACACUGUCCUCCACUGGGUCGUCGGGCAGCAGAGGGUUAAUUUUAGCAGCCUUGUGUCCAUGUGUUCGGUAAGCCUCCACCAGACGUGCUAGCCCAUGGUCUGUGUAAACGGAGGAGGGGGGUAAAUCCAUUUUGAUUUGAACGAAACCUUCCAUACAUAUUUGCCCAUUGUAGAAGUGCUCAGAACGUGACUUUUUUUGACCUGAAUGCCAAAACAUUCAACAGAUAAAGGUGCUCAAAGUUGACCCAUUUUGCAUACCCCACCAUACAUCCAUGUCUUCAUCGCGGGACAUGAUAAACGGCCACCUUUCUAAUGGCGUACCAGCUAGCCUAAACUGCAGUGGUCUGGAAGGAUAGGUCCAUUCUAUUCAUUAUAUUUCUAUGAUUGAAAUGACAACCAUCUAGUAUUCAAGAGCAUGUUGUGUCUCAACCGAUGGCGGGCACAACACAAAACCUCCGAUGAUGUAAAGUAGGGUCCAAGCUAGCUCUUGAAAACCCUUCUCCAUAUCUAGAGUUUUCAACAGUUACAGUCGCCCACUGAUUGCUCCGUGUGAACUACAAUUCCAACGCUGUGUUUUAAUGUCUAUAAUCAUCGCUUUCAUACCGGUUUUUUCGAAGCAUAUGCCCCUUGUCUUUCAUAUCAGCGAGAAAUAAUAUUUCAAAUAAAAAAUAUACUUACUGUAGAAGUUUUGUACAGAUCCACAAGCUGUGUGUGCCUCCAGUUGACAAACUAUACUUCCUCCCCAGUUACACACAGGUGUUUGGAGCACGCUAGAUAGCUAAUUAAGCACGUAAGUGUCAUGAAAAGCCAGAAAAGGCUGUUGUGGACCCUCUGGAAAGUCCUAAAAUAUGCCCCCGACCGCGGUGGUGGUGGAGGAUGCAAAGUAUGUAUAUAAGCAAGUUGCUCUUUUUUGAAGACAUCUCCAAGCUAUAACUGCCACAAACUAAUUCAACUGGUACCAUGGAAAUACUUUUAGCCAGCUAAGUCCACAACGUUUCUUCAGAAAUGUCAUUGUCUAGUUAUUUUAAAAUCUCAAAUUGAUAAAGUUGUAAUGCACUGAUUCUCUUCACUGCAGACCUGACACAUCACACCACUGUUCAACGGGGCCACUACACUCCAGAUUGCCUUCUACGCUCAAAGGUCCUUGAUGAGGAUCCACCCCAUCACACCACUCUUAUUAAUAAUUAAUACAAUAAAACAUUGGACCGUUAUAUACACUGUGUCCCAGUCUUUCUAUGUAUGUCAUGUCUGUGGGUGAAUUAUGAAACAUUACUGUAUGCAGAUGUGCAAAAAAAUUUCAUGUAGAUUUGUUUUUGCCAUUGCUUGACCUAUUUGAAAUGUAAGAAUAUGUUGCAGAUUUCAACUUUAAUUGGUGAUAAUGGAAACAAAUAGAAAUGCAAUUAACAAUGUUUUCAAUGUCCAACUUUAUCCUCUGCAAUACUUUUUUUUACAGUAGGUAAUACACUGUAGUCAGUUAGUCAUUACCAGGUUAUGAUGAGGUCUUAACUAUGACCAGCAGGCUACAUAAUAUAGCGGGCCGAAUUAUGACCAGCUGGUAAUAUUGUGGUCAGAAAAAUACGUCCUAUUCUGCUCAGUAAAAAGACCGGGGGGGGUAACAGUUUGCGACCAGAAUAAGACGUCAUACGGAUGUCUUUUCAACCAGUUUUUGCCCACUGGGAAUGUUGUCCAAUAGUUAUUUUCCAAUUGAUAAUGACAAAGAAUAAUUGCUAAAGGUUUAAGAUGUUCAUUAUCAGCAAAACCUACUGACCUCGAUUGAGUGCAGUGAUAUACGAGACUGGGUCACCGUGCAACUCCGGGUGCCCCUGGCUUUGUUUGGGUCGGUAACCGUAGACUCCUUUCUGGGUGUGAUACAGACAACUGACGACCGGUCGAGAGACACUGAGAGGUACUCGGCUGACGCGGUGCAAAUUUUUCAGGAAUAGUAUCGCUGACAUGAUUUGAAAUGAAUAAAAUAAGUUAAAAAACGACGCUAGCUAGCUAGCUAGACCGUUACACACACUUCAGAGCAGCAGCCACACUGCUUGUGAAAGACAGGAGGUGACACCAUACAGCAAGCUGAUUGGUUGAGCCGUCGGCGUGUUUCGUGGAAGCGCAGAAAGUGUUCGGGUUAAAUGGAAUUAUGUAUAUCCAUCCAAAUUACAUGGAUAUAUAGCUUAAUGUUGAAUCAAUUAAGGUGCGUGUGUAGCCUGUAGAAUCAGAUUGUAAUGUAUCACUUUCACGCUUAUAUCAGUUAUGAUUGGCGUCCCAGAUGAUUUUGCGCAACAUGUGUCUCCAUCAUGCUGGUGCCGUUGGGUUUGGCCUCGUAAACCCUCCAUUUUGCCCAAAGCCAGAGUGGUGAGGAGGAGCGGUUUACGUUCUUCUUUAUUCUUAGAUGAGGUUUAACGGCGGUUGGCAUCCAAUAAAUGUUGCAUUACCGCCACCUACAAGACUGGAGUACAACUCCCUAAUACUUUGCCAAGAGUGUGCAAAGCUGUCAUCAAGGCAAAGGGUGGCAAUUUGAAGAAUCUCAAAUAUAAAAUAUAUUUUGAUUUGUUUAACACUUUUUUGUUUACUACAUGAUUCCAUAUGUGUCAUUUCAUCGUUUUGAUGUCUUCACUAUUAUUCUACAAUGUAAAAAAUAGUAAAAAAUAAAGUAAAACUCUUGAAUGAGUAUGUGUGUCUUUUGACUGGUAGUGUACAUCCCUUGUUGGCCUAUAUCCCUCUGUACUGGUACAGAUCUACUACUCACACCACUCCUCUCAGGAUCCCUCCCCCUUGACCCAUCUUCCUCUACUUUCUUCAAUGCCUCGGCAUAUGACAACUUCUGCACUAGUCUAACCCUGAAAACCUCAACCUGCUCCUCACGCAAACGGACAGAAAACCGUAGCAUUCAAGGCAUUGACAGCGAGAUGACAGCAGAAAAUUAGGACAUGUUCAUUGGGACAAUUGAAGUGAAACAGAGUGAAGUACAAUGUAGCUCAGCUAGUGAAUAUCAAUGAGAAAAAUACUGAGAAAGAGCAGUGGACAGAAACACUGAAAAUAAACAACCAGAAACGUACUGUUACGCUGGAUACAGGAGCUGAGUGUAAAGUCUUGUCCACCAGAGACUUGAAAACGCUUAAAGUGAAAGUGAGUGGAGAUUCCAUGCAAAAAUCCAACCGCAUACUAGUCACAUAUUCUGGCCACCAGAUGGAGCCAAAUGGCAAGAAAACACUCAAAUGUCAAGACAAAAAGUGUUUGAACUGGAAUUUAAAGUGAUAGAACAAGAUGCACCUGCAAUACUUGGAAGAUCAGCUUUUCUGCAAAUGGGCUUAAUACAAAGAAUAUUCAAGCUUGAACAAAACACAUUUGGAGGGAAUAUGAAGAUUUAUUCACAGGACUUGGAUGUGUUCCAGUAGUUCAUCACAUACAAAUAGACCUAGAAGUCACACCAGUGAUUCACUCCCCCAGAAAAGUUCCUGUAGCACUAAAAGAAAAACUUGAAAAGGAACUGAACUGAAUGGAAAAGAUGGAUGUCAUCGUCAAGCAAACUGAGCCUACUGAAUGGGUAAACAGCUUGGUGACAAUCGUGAAGCCAAACAAAAUAUGGGUAUGCAUGGUCCCACAGGAUCUAAACAAAGCCGCCAAGAGAGAACAUUAUCCUUUACGUACCAUUGAAGAGGUAGUUGCUAAAAUGCCUAACGUUAAGGUAUUUUCAGUUGUUGAUGCAAACCAAGGAUUCUGGCAAAUCCAACUGGAUGAAGAGAGCUCCCGACUCUGCAAAUUCAAUACGCCGUAUGGGAGGUGUUCAUUCAAGAGACUGCCGUUCGGAAUUGCGUCCGCUCCAGAGGUGUUCCAGAGGUGCCUCGCCCAGCAUUUGGAAGGUCUGGAAGGUGUCGUAAACAUCAUGGAUGACAUUCUUGUCUGGGGUGAUGACACAGAGCAGCACGACCGGAGACUGAGACAGCUACUAGAUAGACUGAGAAGCAUCAACUUGAAACUGAAUAAGGACAAGUGCAAAAUCAGAAUGACAGAAAUUCGCUACAUUGGACGUGUUAAGCAAAGAAGGCCUGAAACCAGACUCUGCAAGAUACUGCAACAUUCCCAUGGAUCUCUGAAGCGCUGCUUUGUCCUCUGGCAUUUCUUGUAUUGCUCUGACCUUUUCAGAGUUCAUCCCAAAUCUCUCAGAUGUCAGCGCACCACUGAGACAACUGCUGGAAGGAGACAUUCAGUGGCACUGGGAGUCUGCACAGGAACAGAGUUUCAGAAUCUUGAAAACACUAGUCAGCAAUGCGCCAGUGUUAAAGUACUACGAUGUGCAAAGACCAGUGACACUAUCUGUGGAUGCAAGCUCAGAAGGCUUGGGAGCUGUGAUCCUGCAAGAUGGUCAGUCAAUCGUGUAUGAGUCAUGGUCCCCUCACAGACUGUCAAAAGAGAUAUGCUCAAAUGGAAAAUUAGCUACUGGCGAUAGUGCAUGGCUGCGAGAAGUUUCAUCAAUACCUGUAUGGAAAACAGAUCCAGUUGGAGUCAGACCACAAGCCCUUGGAAACAAUCUUCAAGAAGUCGCUCCAGAAAGCACCAGCCAGACAACAGAGAAUGCUGAUGAAACUACAGAGAUAGCGUCUACAUGUGACAUACAAACCAGGAAAGGAGAUGCGCAUCGCUGAUGCAUUGAGCCGAGCACACCUGAAGGAACAGAGAGAGAAAUUGCGGGAUGUAAACUACAUCGCUCGUCAACUUCCUGUUUCAGAAGAGAAACUGCAGCAAUUCAAAACAGCAACAGCAGAAGAUGAAGAGUUAAAGACUGGUCACAGAAACAGUUUAAAAAAAGGAUGGCCAUACACGAGAGGGAAAGUUACAACAACAACAAAAAUACUUCACUACUGGACCUUCAGAGAGGACUUGACAUACUCAGAUGGACUAUCAAUCAAUCAAAUGUAUUUAUGAAGCCCUUUUUACAUAAGCAGAUGUCACAAAGUGCUUAUACAGAAACCCAGCCUAAAACCCCAAACAGCAAGCAAUGCAUGGCUAAACAGACAUGGCUAAGCAGACAUGGCUAAACAGAUUGAAGGACUACGAUACAAUAACAACAACCAAAGAGAGCCGCUCCAUUCUCAUCCCAGAGAGAGCUUGGGCCAAAGUUGGAGUGGACCUCUUCCAUUACAACGACACAGAAUAUCUACUAUGUGUGGAUUACUAUUCAAAAUAGCCAGAAAUCUCCAAGUAAACACAUAAUUACAGCACUAAAGUCGAUCUAUCUUUGCAAGGCAUGGGGUGCCCGAUGUUUUGUGCUCCAACAAUGGAAGACAGCUGGUGAGUCAAGAUAUGUCAGAGUUCUCUACCAGCUGGGAGUUCAAACAUGGCACGCCCUAGAUUUGGAUUUGAUCUCAAUACAGUUUUCUGUUCCCAAAACUAGAAUUUGUUACGAACAGAGUGGACUAAGUUUAGAAGGAAGGCAAGGGCGAAUUGAGUUAUUUCACACGCGCACUUCACAGAGUAGGCAUUUUCUAACGGAAAUAUGCAAAAAAGGGCUGGUGUUUUGUGUAGGCUUACCCUGGCAUGACGUUUUGAUAACUGUGUAAAUCUCUCUAGGACACGAUUACUUUUAUCAAUGUAUUCGCCUGUAUUUACCCCCCAAAAAUGAAAUGCUAAUUAGUUGCUAAUGUGUCUAUCAUAAAGAACUACAAACACUAUGAUGAACUGGACGAGACUGCCGAAUCGAGGCAAAGGUGAGAAUCUCUGGAUUAUCUAUCUAAUGUUAGCUACAUUUUGUAAUUAAUAAAUUGGCUACAUUUCUUUAAACUGACAAUUCUGUGAACUUUGCUUUUUUUUAUUUUAUUCUUGUGCAAGUUUUAAAUUGACACAAUACCUAUUAGCAAAGCUGCCAGCUAGAGAUGACGUGCAGGAGCUUGCAGGGAUUUGUAGUCUUACAUGAUGUCUACUUUGAUGCUAAUUAGCAUUUUCGAAUCUGAGAGUACAUAGAGCCGAAUAUAUUGAUAAACGUGACCUUGUCCUAGAGAGAUUUACAUGGUUAUCAAAAUGUUAUGCCAGGGUAAGCCUACACAAAACACAGCCCUUAUUUUAAGGGUUUCUAAAACUCCCUAUGGGGAAAAUGAAUGGUGGAAAAACGAUUGGAACCAUUUCCCUGUUUGACCAUUGGUUUUAUGGGUAUUAUGACACCUCCACUGUGGGGCGCUAUAGGGAAAUUAAUGGAAUUUUUGUAGGAUUUUUGGAUAAAUGCCGAAAAUAAGGUCUGUGGUAAACACAGGCUUAGGAGAUUUUAUACGUUUUGUUCUAUCAGAUAAUCUACAUCAGCUAACCUCACUUGAGGCGUCACUACAGACCUCCUGGUUCGAUUCCAGGCUGUAUCACAACCGGCCGUGAUUGGGAGUCCCAUAGGGCGGUGCACAAUUGGCCCAAUUGGCCCUCUGUAGGCCGUCAUUGUAAAUAAGAAUUUGUUCUUAACUGACUUGCCUAGUUAAAUAAAGGUAAAAAUAAAAUAAAAAAUCAUUUCUGGUUUUUAGGACUACAAACUGGCGAACUCUAUUGAAUACUCCUCGCGUCUUCGCCUCCUUCUCAAAACCCAUUGGAUGAGAAGUUCAGAGGGGCCGGACCUCUGGUUUUCUCAUCCAAUGGGUUUUGAGAAGGACUCGAGGAGUCUGCAAUUGAGAUUCUCCCACGGACAUGAUGUGCUCAGGCACAUACACAUUGCAUAAUCUGUCUAGAUGGAGUACAGCUAUGACCGGAAGUUACUUUUCGUGGCAGGUAAGGAGAGCAUUUUAGCUAACCCUAACCUUUAGGGGGGGGGGGGGGGGGUCCAUAUGGGGAGGGGGGGAUGUCCAUAGGGGGGAGUAGCAGGGGGGGGUCCAUAUGGGGAGGGGGGGGAAAUGUCCAUAGGGGGAGUAGAGGGGGGGUCCAUAGGGGGAGUAGCAGGGGGGGUCCAUAUGGGGGGGGGGGGGGAUGUCCAUAGGGGGAGUAGAGGGGGGGGUCCAUAGGGGGAGUAGCAGGGGGGGGUCCAUAUGGGGAGGGGGGGGGGGGAUGUCCAUAGGGGGAGUAGAGGGGGGGUCCAUAGGGGGGAGUAGCAGGGGGGGGGUCCAUAUGGGGCGGGGGGGGAAGGGGAAUGUCCCAUAGGGGGGGGUAGAGGGGGGGGUCCAUAGGGGGAGUAGCAGGGGGGGUCCAUAUGGGGAGGGGGGGUGAAAUGUCCAUAGGGGGGGUGGGUGGGGGGGGGGGGGUCCAUAGGGGAGUAGCAGGUGGGGGGGGGGGUCCAUAGGGGGGGGGGGUGUCCAUAGGGGGAGGGGUCAGGAAGGGGGGGUCCAUAGGGGGGGUAGAGGGGGGGUCCAUAGGGGGGAGGAGGGGGGGUCCAUAGGGGGGGGUAGAACACAUAAAAUGUCACUCUGUGAUAAGAGUCACUGACUCAAAGCCACAAGAGGUUAGAACAUAUUUCAAACGUUGCUUGUUAGAGGGAGGUAGUUGCAGAAACGUUGGAAUGGUGAUCUUCCUGGCCUUCCUUGACAACUGGUGUUGGUGUCCUGUAGGACUGGCAGUGUGUACCCAAUGGUGCGUUCGGCUGCACGUAUCACCUUCUGAAGAGCCCUGCGGUCCGCGGCGGUGGAGUUGCCGUACCAGGCUGUGAUGCAGCCAGACAGUAUGCUCUCAAUGGUGUUCCUGUAGAACCCUGUGGGGCCCUCAGGGACAGGCCAAAUUCCUUCAGCAUCCUGUGUUUGACGAGUCGCUGUCGUGCGUUCUUCACUACGGUGUCUGUGUGGUUAGACCAUUUCAGCUUCUCUGAGAUGUGUACGCAGAGGAAUUAGAAGUUAUUGACCAUCUCCACGGCGGCCCUGUUGAUGAGGAUGGUGGCUUGUCCAGCCUGGUUCCUCCUGAAGUCCACAAUCAGCUCCUCUGUUUUGCUAACGUUGAGGGAGAGGUUGAGGGAGAAGUUGUUCUUGAUAACUCAUGUAGAUAUUUGCUAUGUUUUAUUUGAAUGAAAAACACCAUGAUAUAUGAGUUGUGGUUUUGUAGGUGAUCAGAGAUGAGGGGACUGGGUUAGAAACAGUUCUUAUUCAGUAAAAUGUCCUUAUGAUUCAUGCAUCAAAUACUGUAUAUUAACUGUAGUUACACUUGUCAACAGUAGAUGGUGACAAUGUAUUUAUGGCCUGUUUAACCUACAGCCUGUAGCUGUCUGAGUUGAGCUACAGCUGUUAUCAUUUUGAAUCUCUCUUAACUUCCCUGUAGGAGAUGAUUGGUCAUAUGCAGAGCUAUGAAUUAGUUAGGCCAAUGACGAGUAGGCCUAGCCUAUAACGUAUUUCUGUAUUUAAAAUAUAAUGAAAGCCAAAGGAAAUUCUGAUCACAAAUACAUAGGCUAGCCAACACACAUCAUUUCUUUCUGCAAUCCCCUAUAUAGGUUUUCAUCAAGGUAAGAGCUUCUAAUCUUUGUCUAGUAGACCAAUAUCUAAUACAAUUGGCAUAACAUAUUUCUCGGCAUAUGGUAUCCUAAUCUUUGAGUUAAAGGGAAAACAUAAUUUAGGCCUAUGACUUUUGUGACACAACGUGACUUCGUAGUCUAACUGGCCCGCCAACGCAAUUCUUUCUCUCUCUGUUUGGAAAAAUCCAUCAUAAUCAAUAAUGUAAUCCCGAAGAACUAGGGUAAACCCAGGUUUUUCUCCGAAAGAAAAUGUAGGCCUACCUACCUAGACUAAUUAUUGUAGGCUAUAAAUGAUUCAAUUCCAAUCAUAUAGCAAAUAUUGAUUUUAUUCAGUUAAAUUCUUCAAUUCAGUUGCUUCCCAUUCCGUUGUAUAGAUUCUAGAACACCCACUAGGUGUUCGUCUCGCUCUCUGUCUCAGGUCCAGCAUGGAUAAAUUCAGAGACGAAGACGUUUCUGACGGAUGUCCUGUCAGCGGACCCCAGUCACAUCCUUCAGCAUGUAGACGAGCAGAAACUGGUAACUUUACACGAAUACAGGAAUCUGCACAUCUUCAGUAAAUCAGCCCCGGAUGAUUCUAUCAUCCGUUUGCUGGAUACACUCAUCAGUAAGAACGGUGUGACCUGAGGUAAAUCCUGAGGUAAAUCCUGAGGUAAAUCCUGAGGUAAAUUCCUGGCCCUGUAACAUCAGCCAGACAUCCGAACUACUUUCGCCAGACUGAAGAAAAGCAAACUGAUGAGGUGUUAUGCACUAUUUUUAUAUAACGUAGCCACUAUUCAAUAUCACAAUAAUUUAAAAUCUUGUUGGGGGGUCUUUUAAAAGUUUUGUGUUUCAACUUCUGUUUUUUUUGUAUGUACGUUGGUUGUUGUCUAUGCUGCUCAAAUAAUGUCUUAAUUAGAGCAUAAUACCGUUUUCUAAUGUAAUAACAACAACGAUAUUGCCCCGGCACCCAGCAACCCCAAACGCGGUGCCAACCACAUCCUCCACAGUCCACACCCCAGGCCCAACCACAGGCCUCAUUACCAUACAUACUGAUUGAAUCAUGAACUAUGUGUGCCGUUAGUAGAAUUGUACAUGAAAUGUCUGACACAAUUUUUUUGCCCUUGGAAGCCCCAAUGGAUAGACACACCAUUAUCAUCGAGGACCACCAACGAGAACCACUUUGUAAACAAGUGUUUUAAUGCACAUCUUACUGUAUGAUUUUACCAGAUACAUUCAUUUUAAUUUGUGAAGGGUUACACAUCAAGUAACAAAGAAUGUAAACUAGAGGACUCUAUCGGCCAUUAACUUUGAGGCAAAACCUUAUGGACUAAUAAAUGACAUUAUUGUUGUAUUAUUGUUUUUGUUAGGUUCAAACCUUCCAACUACUACUCUCCUAUGAAAAAUAAAAACCCUGGGAAGACGUCGAUGAAGACAUCACCUGGGGGAAAGACUGAGAAAAACCACAGCAUGUGGAUACAUCAAAGUUGAAGACAGGGGCCCAGGGGAAAUACUUCCAAGCAGUUCUACAGCAAGCGGUUAGGCCGAUGGACAUUCUCAUUUUGGAACCAGAGCAACGAAAACGUUUUUCAGGAGCCGAGAAGAGAGGGUAAAUCAAACAGUAUAAUAAGCUUGAUCGUGUCUGGUUUAUAGUAUAAUAAGCUUGAUCGUGUCUGGUUUAUAGUAUAAUAAGCUUGAUCGUGUCUGGUUUAUAGUAUAAUAAGCUUGAUCGUGUCUGGUUUAUAGUAUAAUAAGCUUGAUCGUGUCUGGUUUAUAGUAUAAUAAGCUUGAUCGUGUCUGGUUUAUAGUAUAAUAAGCGUGAUAGUGUCUGGUUUAUAGUAUAAUAAGCUUGAUCGUGUCUGGUUUAUAGUAUAAUAAGCUUGAUCUUGUCUGGUUUAUAGUAUAAUAAGCUUGAUCGUGUCUGGUUUAUAGUAUAAUAAGCUUGAUCUUGUCUGGUUUAUAGUAUAAUAAGCUUGAUCGUGUCUGGUUUAUAGUAUAAUAAGCUUGAUCUUGUCUGGUUUAUAGUAUAAUAAGCUUGAUCGUGUCUGGUUUAUAGUAUAAUAAGCUUGAUCGUGUCUGGUUUAUAGUAUAAUAAGCUUGAUCUUGUCUGGUUUAUAGUAUAAUAAGCUUGAUCUUGUCUUGUUUAUAGUAUAAUACGCUUGAUCGUGUCUGGUUUAUAGUAUAAUACGCUUGAUCGUGUCUGGUUUAUAGUAUAAUAAGCUUGAUUGUGUCUGGUUUAUAGUAUAAUAAGCUUGAUCGUGUCUGGUUUAAUUAGUAUAAUAAGCUUGAUAGUGUCUGGUUUAAGUAUAAUAAGCUUGAUCGUGUCUGGUUUUACAGUAUAAUAAGCUUGAUCGUGUCUGGUUUACAGUAUAAUAAGCUUGAUCUGUCUGGUUUACAGUAUAAUAAGCUUGAAUCGUGUCUGGUUUUACAGUAUAAUAAGCUUGAUCUGUGUCCUGUUUAUAGUAUAAUAAGCUUGAUCUUGUCUGGUUUAAGUAUAAUAAAGCUUGAUCGUGUCUGGUUUAUAGUAUAAUAAGCUUGAUCUUGUCUGGUUUAUAGUAUAAUAAGCUUGAUCGUGUCUGGUUUAUAGUAUAAUAAGCUUGAUCGUGUCUGGUUUAUAGUAUAAUAAGCUUGAUCUUGUCUGGUUUAUAGUAUAAUAAGCUUGAUCUGUCUGGUUUAUAGUAUAAAGCUUGAUCUGUCUGUUUAUGUACAUAAGCUUGAUCGUUUCUGGUUUAUAGUCCAAUAAGCUUGAUCGUGUCCUGGUUUAUAUAGUACAAAAAGCUUGAUCGUGGUCUGGUUUAUAGUAUAAUAAGCUUGAUCGUGUCUGGUUUAUAGUAUAAUAAGCUUGAUCGUGUCUGGUUUAUAGUAUAAUAAGCUUGAUCGUGUCUGGUUUAUAGUAUAAUAAGCUUGAUCGUGUCUGGUUUACAGUAUAAUAAGCUUGAUCGUGUCUGGUUUACAGUAUAAUAAGCUUGAUCGUGUCUGGUUUACAGUAUAAUAAGCUUGAUCGUGUCUGGUUUACAGUAUAAUAAGCUUGAUCGUGUCUGGUUUAUAGUAUAAUAAGCUUGAUCGUGUCUGGUUUAUAGUAUAAUAAGCUUGAUCGUGUCUGGUUUAUAGUAUAAUAAGCUUGAUCGUGUCUGGUUUAUAGUAUAAUAAGCUUGAUCGUGUCUGGUUUAUAGUAUAAUAAGCUUGAUCGUGUCUGGUUUAUAGUAUAAUAAGCUUGAUCGUGUCUGGUUUAUAGUAUAAUAAGCUUGAUCGUGUCUGGUUUAUAGUAUAAUAAGCUUGAUAGUGUCUGGUUUAUAGUAUAAUAAGCUUGAUCGUGUCUGGUUUAUAGUAUAAUAAGCUUGAUCGUGUCUGGUUUAUAGUAUAAUAAGCUUGAUAGUGUCUGGUUUAUAGUAUAAUAAGCUUGAUCGUGUCUGGUUUAUAGUAUAAUAAGCUUGAUCGUGUCUGGUUUAUAGUAUAAUAAGCUUGAUAGUGUCUGGUUUAUAGUAUAAUAAGCUUGAUCGUGUCUGGUUUAUAGUAUAAUAAGCUUGAUCGUGUCUGGUUUAUAGUAUAAUAAGCUUGAUCGUGUCUGGUUUAUAGUAUAAUAAGCAUGAUCGUGUCUGGUUUAUAGUAUAAUAAGCUUGAUCGUGUCUGGUUUAUAGUAUAAUAAGCUUGAUCGUGUCUGGUUUAUAGUAUAAUAAGCUUGAUCGUAUCUGGUUUAUAGUACAGGUGUAAUAUUGACUGUCUGUCUCUUUCUUCAGUAAAGUUGAAAGGAAUCUCAUUCGAGAAACUUGGAGUAAACAAGUACAAAGAGGGGAUAAAGUUCACAAACAAAUCCAAAUUGACUUUCAUGAAAGGGAAAAAGACUACAGAUGGAACCCACUGCUGA